UUCAGUUGGCUCGCGCGCCUCGCGGGCUACGGGUAAGCGCGCAAGGGGCCGUUGAAAGUCAAGGCAGAGGAGGCUAUGGCCGUGGACGAGCGCGAAGAGGGCGGCGCCUCCGAGGACCUGGAGUGCGGCAUCUGCUGCAUGCCUUACGACCGCUGCGGCCGCGCGCCGCGCCGCCUGGGGGGCGCGCACGGCUCGUGGAAGCCCUCCCGCUGCCGCCACGUGAUCUGCAGCGCCUGCGUGUGCCAGCUGGCGCGCGAGGGCUGGUGGGAGGAGGUCACGUGCCCUUACUGCCGCACCGUCACCUCGCUGCGCGAGCGCGGCAACUUCCUCGUGGCCGGCGUCAGGCGCGGGAGCGCGGGGCUGACGGGCAACCGCCGACGCCUCGUCCUGCCGCCCAUCGACGCCGAGCUCUGGCAGCGCGUCGUCCGCCUCGAGAAGCAAGGGGCCGGCGGCGGGAGCAAGGCCGAGGAGCGCCUGGGGGAGAAGGAGGGCGGCGACGGCGGCGAGGAGGACGACGGCGAGGCCGGCCAGUGGCGCCUGUGGAGGGCGCUGAAGAGACUCCUGAAGGGAGGGAGUGGGGACGGCGAUGCGCCUGCGCGGAGCAGGAGAGGGCGUGGCCGGAGCAGGUCCGUGCCCCCCAGGCGGAGACCACCAAUCAACCGUGAGUGCCUCUUCUCAUGCAGUAGGGGGCGUGGUCUAAUAAUAAUAAUAUAUUUAUAUCCCGCCCAUCUCGCUGAGUUUCCCCAGCCACUCUGUGUUAAAAACAGUACAGCAUUAAAUAUUAAAAACUUCCCUAAACAGGGCUGCCUUCAGAUGACUUUUAAAAGUAAAAUAGUUGUUUAUUGCUUUGACUUCUGCUGGGAGGGCGUUCCACAGGGCAGGCGCCACUACCGAGAAGGCCCUCAGCCUGGUUCCCUGUAACUUCACUUCUCUCAAUGAGGGAACCGCCAGAAGGCCCUCAGAGCUGGAUCUCAGUGUCCAGGCUGAACGAUGGGGGUGGAGACGCUCCUUCAGGUAUACAGGACCGAGGCCGUUUAGGGCUUUAAAGGUCAGCACCAACACUUUGAAUUGUGCUCGGAAACGUACUGGGAGCCAAUGCAGAUCUCUCAGGCCCGUUGUUAAUGUGGUCCUGGUGGCUGCUCCCAGACACCAGUCUAGCUGCCGCAUUCUGGAUUAGUUGUAGUUUCUGGGUCACCUUCAAAGGUAGCCCCACGUAGAGCGCAUGGCAGUAGUCUAAGCGGGAGCUAACCAGAGCAUGCACCACUCUGGCGAAGACAGUCUGCAGGCAGGUAGCGUCUUAGCCUGCGUACCAGGUGGAGCUGGUAGACAGCUGCCCUGGACACAGAAUUAACCUGCACCUCCAUGGACAGCUGUGAGUCCAGAAUGACUCCCAGGCUGCGCACCUGGUCCUUCAGGGGCACAAUUACCCUAUUCAGGACCAGGGAAUCCCCCACACCUGCCUGUCCCCCAAAAACAGUACUUCUCUCUUGUCAGGAUUCAACCUCAUGUUAUCGCGAUUAAUUUUUUUAAAUAGUUAUAAGUAAAACAUUUGUUUUCAAUAAGCUUUUUAAAACAGAAUAAUGGAAAGCCACAGGGAAUGAGGCUCAUCAUAAGGGUGGGAGGAACAAGUAGCCCAGGAGGCUCAAGGGGCUUAGCAGGCCUUGCUUGUUGGCAGGAGUCUGCCUUGCCAGGUGCAUGAAGUGCUGCUCACCUUGGGAGAUGUGUACGCAUGUUUGGGGUAGUGGGUGUAACACUUUGCUGCGACGUGGCCUCUCCACAAAAGCUUUUAGUCGCUAUAAAUGCUUGCCUUUUAAGCCAUCUUCGCUUUUGCUUUGACAGACUUAACACGCCUGGCCUUCUGAGGUGCUGCCUGCUGCCUCCUGCAUCUGACUUGUGGGUCUUCUUUCUUCUUUUUUAAAAAGGAAACUUUCUUGCUUUGAAACUUUAUGUAGAUUUCAUUGAUUGACUAAAAUGGGAUUAGUUGGCCAAGGUUUCCUUUAAUUGAGUGGCAGCACGGUUAUAAGAUGUGUCAGUUUGGAGCAAGCGAGCAAUCCUGCUGGCCGUGUCCUUAAUCUCCAUUUUAUUGACAUCACGGGGUUUAUGUAUGUUAAACGUCAAUGCUUUUUUCAAAAUCCAGGUGUUGGUCAGCUUUUCUGCGUGUGGGUGCUGAGCAGUGUAUGGAGGUCAGGAUUGGGGCCAGCAGGCAAUGUUAAAUUACCCCCUUCUGUGCAACAGUUCAUCACCACAUUGAGUUGUCUUCUGUAGGGGGAUGAUGGUAGAGAGAAUCCCCAGGUUUCAUAUUCAGAUGUCAAGAUUGGAAAUUGAGCAAGUGAGCUAGAGCAGGGAUGUAUUGGUAGACAAAACUAUUGUAAAUGAGUCCCAUCUCCCUUUGGGGCUGGAGUGUACUCCAACUUCUUACAACUAUAUACUUAAAAGUGUGCCAGUCCCUUGACUGAGCACUUCCUUUCCCUUGCCUCCAUGAUGCAAAGUUGGGUCAGAGGAUGGUGGUUCAGGUGAAACACUUUCUUGCUUUAAUAUGAGGCUCCUGAAUUAGGCUUGUGCUGACGGACAGAAGCUUUGGCAUUAGCGGUUUUAAAUAUUUAUGGGUCCCCAAUUAUAGCUUACACCAGUGGCUUUCUUUUUCUCUCCCGUGCAGCCUAUGGCCCUGAAAUAAAGGACUUGGCACUCAUGACUUGCUACAUCAUCUGAAAAGUGGCUGGCUUGGAAUCAACAAGCUUUUAUGAGCCUGCUACAUCAGAAGAGUAGCCAGCUUGCACCUUCAAGGCUUUGAAGAAGCAUCCUUUGUCCACCCAUGGGGUGUCCUUUCCCUGCAGCACGUGCAGGAUGAAUGAGGUGAUGCACUGUUCUUCUGGUUACCAUGCGACAGAUUUUCACCAUGCUGCUCAGGGAGGUGCUAUUCCUUAUGACCCCACGGAGGCCAUUGCAGACAGAUGACUCAAGAAGAGCUACAGAAACUCUUUCAUCCCUUCUCCCCUCACAGCUUCUGUCUCCUGAAAUGGAGCAGAAUGUGGAAGAUAGCAGCAGAAAGUGGAGGAUGACCUGUCAUAUGUGAUACAAGAUUACAUCUCUUCUGGACUAAGUCUGUGUCUUGAAGGCUGACUUGCGGUCAAUUUAUCUUGCGCAUAGGUUGUUUAACAUGGUUCUGAACCAUGGAAAGUUUUCCAUUGUCUAUGUGCCUCUCAAAAAACUGAGGGGGCAUACAUGAGAUUACUUUCUGAAGGUACCCUCCUACGUGCGCUCUGGCAAAAAUGGGAUAGAUGCAGCCAAGAUUGGAUUGUUUACAAUUUGAACAUAUAUUUUGGCACUCGUAGUAUUUUGUUUUCCUACUGCAAAGAAGCCAUUUUAACAAAAUUUAGCAUGUGCCAUUGUACGAGGAGAUCAAAGAUGGAAAUACUGUGCCUUGCAAUCCCUGUGUGUAUGUAUAUUCUGUUUUCAGUCUUGCAAGCUACAUCUUUCAUAUUUGGCUUUUUUUUCGCCCUCAGACAGCAUACCUGAAGGCGAAACAAAUUUGGUUAAAUGGCUUCGUGGGAAUACUAUCCAGUUCUUACUAAGGUUUUCCCCCCCUCUGUUGCAACAUGUUUUUUGACACAAAGUUGAGGUUGUUUCCUAGUUUUUCAGAUGAGUAACUGAAGUAAAAGUUUAUUUGACCAAAGAUCCUUUGAGAAGACCAUCCAGGCUACAAGCAGGCCUCAUAAUCCUUGUGACUGUUGGUUUGGCUUGUGCUUCCUCCAACCAAUACCGUUUUCUUUUGCUGCAUUCAUUACGAACUACAGAACAGAUUCUGCAGGCUCUCCCAUUUUGGAAAUCUCAGAUGUGAAAAGUAUCAGAAGAGGCAGUUGGCCUCUCCUAGCUAUAUACUGCGUUCUUCCUGACAAGGAAAUUAUUUAAGUGUUGGUUUGUUUGUUUUUAAAGAAGCAUUUCUGUGAAAUGUGUUUGGCAUACUUGAUAAUUUCAUAUUUAUAAUUCUUCCCCAUUUUGCCAAUUGUAACUUAUUUAAUUUUAAUAAAAACCCGAGUGGAACUAUUA